AUGGAGAGGUAUUGUUUGGGUGGAGCGGGACAAGAGAGUGGGUGGGUCGAUGAUACUUUAUUGUCAUCUCGAUUGUCUGUCUCCCUCUUCUCUUCACUCUCCCUCCCUUCUUUCACAACCUCAAAAUACCCCCAAUUCCAUAACACGCAGACUCCUACCAGUCCCCUUAUCGCCAUCAUGGAUCCCCAACCCGGUGAUCAAGCGCAACAGCCCCCUCCGCCGACCCUUACGCAUCCGCGGUUUACGCUCGAACUCGAAUUCGUCUCUUCUCUCGCCAACCCCUACUAUCUGUCUCACCUGGCCGUGAAUUACCCCAAUCUCCUGGGGAUCAACAAGUCGGGAGACGACAACGACACCAACGAUAGCGGCGAUCCGGAUGCGCAGGCCUUUGCCGCAUACCUAGCCUACCUCUACUCCUACUGGAAAACCCCGGAAUACGCGCAGUUUUUGACGCACCCGGGCGCGACGCUACGCGCCCUCCGCCUCCUCCAAGAAGACACUUUUCGACGUGACAUCAUCCGCCCGCAGGUGAUCGAAGGGUUGGCGGGGACAGGCAUCGAGAACGAACAAGGCGGAACAGAGGCAAACAAUCCUGGGGAAGCGGAGGGAGAACAGACCAAGGGGACUGCGGAUCAGCAGGAUGGGAGCUCGAAGACAUGA